CCCAAUUCCUUCAUCGGCCUCGACACGAAGCCUCGCCGCUAACGUCCAUGGCGGCAGAUCGCAGCGUAUAAAAACUCCUUCAAAUCAAAAUCACAAAAUUGCGAAUUGAAAAUCGCAAUUCGAAUCGAACACAUCAAUGGAGGACGACGAAGCAGAGAUUUACGAUGGUAUCAGAGCUCAGUUCCCUAUAACCUUCGGCAAGCAAUCGAAGCCCGUAACCUCUCUCGAAGCCAUCCACAACGCCACCCGCCGCACCACCACCGCCGCCACCACUACAGAUGGUAAUAGCAGCAAAGACUUUCCUUCUGUCUCCUCUUCCUCCAAAGCCUGGUUAAACUCUCUCAGAAACCCUAACCCUAGCUCUAGCUCUAGCUCUCGUAAUCGCUCUAACCCUAACCCUAGUCGUGCGAGUGAUGUCGAUGAUGCUAUUAUUGGCCCGCCUCGGCCGCCGUUGGAUUCUGAUUCGCUUAAUGGUGGAGAGGACGACGGUGUGAUGAUUGGCCCGCCUCGGCCGUUGCGUACAGAUGAUGAGGAUGAUGAUGAUGAGGAUCGUAUGAUUGGACCGCCUCGGCCAGUGGCUGGUGAUGACGAAGAUGAUGAUGAUGGGCAAAUGAUUGGGCCGCCUCCGCCUCCACGGGGUUCGAGACUGGAUGAUUCUGAUGCGGAGGAGGAUUCCGACGAUGGUGAAGAAGAGGGUGGGUAUCGGAUACCUCUCAGUAAUGAGAUUGUUUUGAAGGGUCACACUAAGGUUGUUUCAGCUCUUGCUGUUGAUCCUACGGGAUCUAGAGUCCUUUCUGGUAGUUAUGACUACUCAGUGCGUAUGUAUGACUUUCAAGGGAUGAAUGCUCGUUUGCAAUCCUUUAGACAGCUUGAACCAUCUGAAGGUCACCAAGUUCGCAAUCUAAGCUGGAGUCCUACGGCAGACCGAUUUUUGUGCGUAACUGGCUCGGCCCAAGCUAAGAUAUAUGACCGGGAUGGACUCACUCUUGGUGAGUUCGUGAAGGGGGACAUGUAUAUCCGUGACCUUAAGAAUACAAAGGGCCAUAUAACGGGAUUGACUUGUGGGGAAUGGCACCCUAAAGCAAAGGAAACAAUUUUGACAUCAUCAGAGGAUGGUUCACUACGUAUAUGGGAUGUUAAUGACUUUAAAACUCAAAAGCAGGUGAUCAAACCAAAACUUGCAAGGCCUGGAAGAGUUGCUGUUACCACAUGUACCUGGGAUCGAGAGGGAAAAAGCAUUGCAGGUGGUAUUGGAGAUGGUUCUAUACAGAUAUGGAACCUUAAGCCUGGCUGGGGAAGUAGGCCAGAUAUACAUGUUGAAAAAGGUCACUCAGAUGAUAUCACUGCACUUAAGUUCUCUAGCGAUGGGCAGAUUCUACUAUCGAGAAGCUUUGAUGACUCGUUGAAGGUUUGGGAUCUGCGCAAAAUGAAAGAGCCACUUCGGAUAUUUGAGGAUCUUCCUAAUCAUUAUGCUCAAACAAAUAUUGCAUUUAGUCCUGAUGAGCAACUCUUCUUGACUGGAACUUCCGUUGAAAGGGAUAGCACAACAGGUGGUUUGUUAUGGUUUUUUGAUCGAGCAAAACUCGAACUCGUGUCAAGAGUUGGGAUUUCACCUACUUGUAGCGUUGUUCAGUGUGCUUGGCACCCAAAACUGAACCAGAUAUUAGCUUCGGUUGGAGAUAAAAACCAAGGAGGAACUCACAUAUUAUAUGAUCCAACACUCAGUGAGAGAGGAGCUCUUGUUUGUGUUGCACGUGCACCAAGGAAAAAGUCUGUUGAUGAUUAUGAAGCAAAACCUGUGAUCCACAACCCUCAUGCACUCCCCUUGUUUAGAGAUCAACCAAGUCGCAAGCGUCAACGAGAGAAAAUAUUGAAAGACCCAAUGAAAUCUCAUAAACCUGAACUUCCUAUAAAUGGACCAGGUCAUGGGGGAAGAGUUGGUACAACCAAGGGAAGCUUGUUAACUCAGUACCUUCUUAAGCAAGGAGGCUUGAUCAAGGAGACGUGGAUGGACGAAGAUCCUAGAGAAGCCAUUCUGAAAUAUGCAGAUGUUGCAGCAAAAGAACCGAAAUACAUUGCUCCUGCGUAUGCACAAACACAGCCUGAAACUGUUUUUGCAAAGUCAGAUUCCGAGGAUGAAGAGAAGUAAUCUGAACAUGUUCUCAAUCCACACUGCCAAGAAGUUGUGGUUGCAUUCACAUUUUGUAAUAUUGAGAUGGAAUUUUCAAGUAGGGUGAAAGAAAAACUGCCUACACCGGUCAGACUGACCGGUUUUCGGCCUAUUUUCUGUACCGCAAAACGGUCGGUCUGUGUUGGGAUUUUUUUCCUCUGGAAAUCAGUUUGGUGUUGGUUUUGGAGAUUUCAUGCCGAUCCGAAUUCACCGAUUAUGCCAAAUCUACCGAAUUUUCAAUAUACAGGCAUUACCUCUUAUUGUUGUUGAAUUUGAUAGUUGAUGAAUUACUCUUGGUGCAAAUAUGUUGUUGUUUGUUGGGUAAAAACAUCCUUAUAUUUUAAUUA